AUGGUGACAAAAGCGGAAGUGAGCAAACACUCAUCUAAAACGAACUGUUGGGUUAUCAUAAAAGGCGUUGUCUACGACUUAACCUCGUUCUUGGAUGCCCAUCCGGGGGGCUCUGGUAUCAUACUCAAGUACGCUGGACGAGACGCGACUGCAGUCUUUGAAUCGUUACAUUCAAAUGACACUAUCGAAAAGCACCUUCCGCCAAAGUUUAAUCUUGGCCCAGUGACAGUUUCAAACGAGAGUCAGGCCGAAGAGAAAGAGACAAAUGGAAGCGCUGCAGCAACAACUACAUCGAUACCAAAGACCAAGCGAGUGAGCAUCAAGUCCAUCAUCAAUAUUCGGGAUUUUGAAUUGGCCGCCUCUCAAAUUCUGCCUGCAAAAUCGUUCGCGUUCUUCAAGGCUGGCGCCGAUGAUGAAUUGUCGGCUCAAUGGAAUCGAACUAGCUGGCAAGCAGUUCGCUUCCGACCUCGAGUUCUCGCACCCAUCCGACAGGUAUCCCUAAAAACUACAAUCCUCGGCACCGAAUUUUCAUGUCCAUUCUUCAUCUGUCCAGCUGGAGGCGCCAAACUAGCCCAUCCCACCGGGGAACUAUCUCUGACGAGAGCUGCAGCGAAGCAUGAUAUUUUGCACUGGGUCUGCAACAUGGCUGGAUACACCCAAAGCGAAAUCUCCGAUGCCCGAAAUGCCGAAGCCAAAGAGCAAAAGCUGUUUUGGCAGAUAUAUGCAUUGAGUGAUCUGGCAGUGACGGAAAAAGAGAUAAGAAACGCUAUUAAGUUGGGAUACAAAGGGCUUGCGUUGACGGCCGAUGCAAUUCGUGCUGGCAAACGCGAGCGAGAUGUGCGGACAAGUCUUCCAGAUGAGGUCGACGACGGCCACGACGACGACGAGGAUGAUGAUGACGGCUUUGCCAACAACCCAACAGUCAGCCGUUCCAAUGUGUGGACCGAUUUCGAUUGGGUUUCGGCAAUUAGAUGGCUUCGCGGCAUCACGGAUCUCCCUAUAGCUAUCAAAGGCAUUCAAACAUGGGAAGAUGCUGCGCUAUGCAUGCACUACGGCGUACAUCCCUGGCUAUCAAACCAUGCCGGCAGACAGCUUGACGGCGCCCCUUCGUCUGUGGAAACCUUGAUUGCUAUCCGCAAGAACUGUCCUCUCGUUUUUGAAAAAUGUGAGGUCAUUGUCGAUGGUGGAAUCACCCGUGGUACAGACAUCGUGAAGGCUCUUGCCCUCGGCGCCAAGGGAGUCGGACUGGGUCGUGGAUUCCUGUAUUCGCUGGUUUUUGGCGAGAAAGGCGUCAGCAAGGCGAUCAGGAUUCUUAAACAUGAGGUUGAAACGGCCAUGGCACUGCUUGGAGUGACGAGCAUUGAUCAGUUGAGCCCGCCGCACAUAUGCUUCAGCGGUACCCCGAGCGCACCUUUAAGUCAUCGUUGUAAUUUCGCUUUUCCAACCUAUGAUUCUUUGCUCUAG